AGGCACAAGCGCCGGUGCGCCACCCUCUCCUCAUCAACCGAGCCAGCCACGCCACGCCUCCCCGCCUGCCACCCGUGCCCUCCCUGCAUGCGCGAGGCAGGUGAGACUUGACAGAGAGGGGGAGAGAUACAGAGGCACAGAGCAGGCAGCCACGCUGCCCAUGGCGCCCUCAUAAGACGAGGAGGCGGUGGACCAGUUCGUUCGCGUUGCCCGCGACUCUCUCGGUCUCUCCUCCUUCCCUCCCACCCGACUCCCACACGCUUAGCGCGCGCGUGCUUCCACCCGUUCGUUGCCUCGUUGAUUGGUUUGGUUGGCCCGGCUCCAGCAAUGGCGGUGCAGGCGCAUUAUCACCACCACCGCGAGUCCCCGUUCCUGGCCAGCAGAGGCGGCGGCGGCGGCGCGCCGGAGAGCAGCCCGAUGGAACUGCAGCAGGGGCAGAAGGAGGCGAUGGCGCCGCAGCAGGCUCCGCCGCUCUUCCUGGACUUCGCGCAUGGAGAUUGCGGCGCCGGAAGGAAGCGGCAGCGCGAGGCGGAGACGGCGGCGCCUUCCAUGUCGCCGCACCUCUUCUCGUUGCAACCGCAACCGCAGGCGCAGGGGCCCAAGGUGAUAAGCCUGGCGCAACUGCACAAGCGGCCGGCCAUGGGGCUCAGGCUCGACUUCGACGAGGGCUCGGAGCACGUGUCGUCCACAUCCUCGGCCUCGGCGUCGUGCCUCCUCUCCGACGAGCUCGCCGCGCAGCGCGAUCAGCACAGGAACGAGAUGGACCGGCUGAUCCAAGAACAUGCGGAGAGGCUCCGGCGCGCGCUGGCUGACACUCGGCGGCGGCAGUACCGGUCGCUGCUCGUCGCGGCUGAGGCGGCGGUGUCUCAGCGGAUAAGGGAGAAAGAAGCGGAGGCCUCGGAGGCCGCGCGGCGCGGCGCCGACCUGGAGGACCGUGUCGCGCGGCUGCGAGCGGAGGCAGCGGCGUGGCAGGCGAAGGCGCUCGCGGACCACUCCACGGCCGCGGCGCUCCACGCGCAGCUGCAGCAGGCGGCCGCCGCGGCGCAGGCGAGGGGCAAGGCCGAGGAUGAGGACAACGCGGGCGCCGCGGCGGACGACGCCGGGUCGUGCUUCGUGGACCCGGACAGGGUGGUGGAGAUCGCCCCGCCGCCGCCGCCGCCGCCAGCCAGGCCGUGCCGGACGUGCCGGCGGGCGCCGGCCUCCGUCGUGUUGCUCCCGUGCCGCCACCUCUGCGUCUGCGCCGACUGCGAGCCCGCCGUCCUCGCCACUGCCCCCUUCGCCGCCGGCGCCGUCGCGCCUGCCUGCCCCAUGUGCCGCGGCGCUGUCACCGGCACGGUGCAAGUGUUCUUCUCGUAGCGGCGGCCAUUAGGAAAAGGAGAGAAAAAAUGGGUGCUCCUGCCAAAAGGCGAACUUGAAAUUGCCGAUGAAAAUCAAGUUAGAACGAUGAAAAAUUGUGUAGAGUGCAAGUGCAUUACUCCUUUCCUUUUUUUUAUUUUCUUACAUUUGUUCAUUAUUAAUCCCUUUAUUAGGAAUAGUUUUAGUCAGUCUCUUCUAGCACUAGUGUCCUGCCGUCUUUUGCCUCGGUUCUUGUGGAUUUCUGGAAGGCAAACGAUCGAUCAUUGACCAGCACAUUUUGGAAUGCAAUGAUGCUGUCAGCGCGCAAAUUUUCACUUUUUA